AUGGCAAGUUCAUGCUAUUAUUUUAAGGAUGUGUCUAGUGAAUUUAAAAAGAUCGAUAAAAAUGUUGGUGUGGAGAACGGUGGAAAUGUUGAAUAUGUUAGAGAACUAAUCUUUAACUAUUGUCCUUACAAUAGUAUCUAUAAAAGUGCUUAUUGUAAUAAUUAUUUUGAAAAGGCUAAUUCUGGUGUUAUUUAUUUCCUAGAAACGUUAAAGGAAAAGUUUGAUUCAAAAUAUGAUAAACUUGCCGAAUACGCUAUUUUAUUGUUAUGUUAUAAACUAAAUGAACAUUCAGAACAUAUAUAUAAAUCCGCCAAUUUAAAUAAAUUUUAUACUGAUCAUAUAGAAAAAAAUAAGUAUUAUAAUAAUAAAAUAAAUGAGAAUGGUCCGAGUUAUAAGGAUAUUAUAGAUAAAAAAAAAGAUUUGAUGAAUAUGAAUAUUAAAGAAAUAUUAAAAUUUUAUGAAGCAUUAAAAACCUUAUGUAACAUGUAUGAUGACUGUAAUAAAACCACCUUAGAUUGCAAUAAUUGUUCGGAAAAUGCUAAAACGUUUGCUAAUCAAUUUAAAGAACUCAAUAAAGAUUCUAAGAAUAUAGAUAACAUUUCAUAUAGUCAAAUGUUAUCUACAUUAUCAAAUGAUUAUGAUAAUUUAAAAUAUAUAUAUGAUAAUAAUAAAUGUCCCAAUUCUCCACCUCUUCCAAUGAUAAAAACCCCAUCAAGCAAAUUCCUUCCAGCUUUAUCGACAUUUUCUGUAAUACCAGUUUUCUUAGGAGUUGCUUAUAAGUAUUCAUUAUUUGGAAUUGAUAAACUAUUUCAAAGACAAUAUAUAAGAAAAAAACUUAACAAACUAAAGAAGAAAAUGAAACUUAAUAUAUGA